CCACACCCACACCCACACCCACAUGCACACAGUACCUCCACAGCCAGUCGAUCGUCCACCGGGACCUCAAGCCGGAGAACAUUCUCCUGCUGAAGCCGGACUUCGACGCGACUCCUGGCUGGGAGAAGGCCAUCAUCGACCCACGCACCGGGCGCCCGCAGCAGCUGGUGUGGAUCAGUGACUUCGGCCUGGCGCGCGAGCUCGGCGAGAUGGAGGCCCUGCAGGGCCUGUCGGGGUCCGAGGCGCCGGAGAUGGCGCCCGGCGGGGCCCCGGCCGCCACCGAGACGGCCGACAUCAGCCGCGAGUACCAGCAGCUGAUGACUUCCAUUUGCGGCACGCCGCUGUACCUGGCGCCGGAUGUGCUGGAGCACGGGCGCCGGCUGAUGAAUGGCAUCAACUUCAACAUUCAGACCGGGCGUGUCCGGCAGGACGACCGGGACAAGGUCAUCCGGACGCUCAACUCUGACGAUGGCAUCAUGCUCGGCGGUGGGUACAGCGCUGCCGUGGACAUGUGGUCCCUCGGUGUGACGCUCUACAUCCUCCUGGUUGGCUAUCCGCCCUUCCACCCGCAGCCGGGCCCGAACCAGCUGCGGCUGAAUGACCAGAUCCGUACGUCGGAGAUCGUCUUCCACCAGCCCUACUGGGAUACCAUCUCCGACCAGGCCAAGAACCUGGUGCUGGGCUUGCUGAACCGCGACCCGAAGAAGCGCCUCACUGCCCGGCAGGCCCUGGCGCACCCGUGGUUUUCCACCUGACGAGGGAGCCGCCGGCGUGUGUGGCAUUACCGAUCCGCUGGGGUUUCUCCUCCCCCCCCCCCCCUC